AUGGUCAAACGCGCCGAUGAUACGGACGAUAGAGAGGUAAAAAGGCGCAAGGGCAAACAACCCGUGAAGGAAAAGUUCACCCAUGAGGAUUACACAGUUGGGUGGGUUUGCCCUUUGGAGAUAGAGCUCAUUGCUGCGCUGGAAAUGCUGGAUGAGGAACACGAGCCGCUACCACAACCUCCUACAGACCACAAUCUCUACCAUCUUGGUAGUGUCGCAGGCCACAAAGUCGUCAUUGCUGGGUUGUGGCAAGCUGGGAACAACCCAGCUACAGCAGUGGUGACCCAGAUGCGAAUCAGAUUCCCGAACCUUCGCUUUGCUCUGUUGGUUGGUAUAGGGGGCGGUGUGCCAACGAUAACGGACAAUGGUAUGCUCCGCCUUGGGCAUGUGGUCGUUAGCCAGCCUGUCGGACCAUUUUCGGGAGCGAUACAGUAUGAUCAUGGGAAGGCGAGAGAUGGUGUGUUCGAGCGGACCGGGCCAUUAGCUCCACCUCCUCCAGUUCUCCUCCUUGCUGCGCAAGCACUUGCCGCUCAGCGUGCUCGAUCAGAUAAAGACUACAUAAUGGAGAACGCUCACCGCAUAGAUACAAGCAAGCCCCAGCUACGACGGUUCAAGUUCCCUGGUGUUGAAAAUGACAAGCUAUUUCCGGCUGAUUACAAGCAUCUCUGCCCUGGACUAUCUUGCGAAGAGAGUGAAUGUGACACAGCACAGUGUAUAAAACGCAAGGUGGGCGAUCUCGAUCAACUUAUUGUGGUACACCGGGGUACCGUGGCAUCUGGAGAGCUUGUGCUAAGGGAUAGUGCCCUGAGGGACCAGCUCGCCAAGGAAUAA